AUGCCCUCCAAUAAGGACGCCUCUGGCUGCCUCUGCUCACCGCCAGGUUUGAUCUGUUUGCCGCCCAUCUCCGAGGACCUCCAGCUGGUGUGGACCCAGGCGGCCCAGACCAGCGACCUCGACGGGAACCAGCACCUGCUGCAGACUUUCAGCUACUUCCCCUACCCCAGCCUUUCCGACCUGGCUUUGCUCUGCCUGCGUCACGGCCUGCACAUGGAGAAGGUGAAGGCUUGGUUCAUGGCACAGCGGCUGCGCUGCGGCAUCAGCUGGAGCGCCGAGGAGAUCGAAGAGACUCGGGCUCGCCUCAUCUACCACCAGGACCAACUUCACUUUAGCUGCCUGCUUGCCGGCAGCGAGGGCGACUACUGGCCCCAGACAACGUGCAAAAGCCCUCCCUACCACCAGCUGGCUCCCCACACUCUGCACUACUCCGGCAAAUACCCAGAGAACCAGCAACCUCUAGUAACCUCCUUAAACCACUGCAGUACGGCUCAAGGGACGAAAGAACUCGGGACGAUCACUCAGGACAUUUGGAAACUGCAGGAAAACGACUCGCCCCGCUACAAGAAACCUCAGGGAAAUUUUGAACCUUCAGGGAUCAUGGUUAAUUUUCAGAAUGCCAAAGAGACCGUUUCCUCCGGGGCUUAUCCACCCAUCACAACGAUGGGCCUGGAUUACAACCUGCAGGAUUCUCACACGAUGGCCUGGAGCUUCCCCGCCGUGUCCCAAGCGCCAGCCGAGCCCAUCACGCCCGCAGUUAACGGUGGGCACCACCCGGUGAUUCUUCCGCUGGGCUCUCCGGUUAAAGCUGCCCCGUCCUCCUCUAAAGCUGCGGCCGGCCUUGCGGACCAUCAGAACCACCAGCCCUCUGUUAGUGACCAGCAGACCUCCUUGCCGGAGGUUUUACGGAAGCCCAGGCGGAAGACGAAGGAACAGCUGGAUCUGUUGAAGUCCUUCUUCCUCCAUCGGCAGUGGGCCAGGCGAGAGGACUAUCACCAGUUGGAGAAGAUCACUGGGCUACCACGGGCAGAGAUCAUCCAGUGGUUUGGAGACACGCGUUACGCCCUGAAACACGGUCAGCUGAAAUGGUUCCGGGACAAUGCGGGGCAGAGUCCGGAGCCGGCUUCCUCGGGACCUCCUCCGCAGCCGUGUGCAAACCCUCCGGACGCGAGCCCCCUGGAGCGGUACUGGGCCGCCCAUGCACAGCUGCAGGAGCACGACUUGCCGAUGCUCUGCCGCAAAUCGGGAAUGAGCGCCGAGCACGUGUUGGAGUGGUUUCGCUCACACUUGCCAGCACCUUGCGAGGUCGAGGUGUGUCUGGGGGAAGACGACGAGGUGGACGAAGAGGUGGCGGCGGCCCUGAUAAAGGCGGAGGAUGAAGACUAUUACGAAGACGAGGAUGUGGAAGACGAGGAAGAAGAAGACUGAAGGACUUUUUGUGUGUGGAUGCUGGAGGUUUUGGACUUCUCCGACGAGCAGGUGGAAGGAUCGGUGAGAGAGAGAGA